AUGGGAACAACUUUACCCGCCGACAUGGCAGGCGUCACGCCGCCGGUGGUGAACAGCGCGAUUCCCGACCUGAACGAGCCUUACUUGGUGGUCGAUGUAGACGCUGCUAGGGCAAAUAUUCCCGCCGACCCUACCAUCCCUCUACCGCCAGGAACGAAAGGGGCUCCCCAACCCGAGCCGGACCUGUACUCGCCUUCGGCCACGGAGCAGCCGCCGCCGAUUGGCCCAUUUCCCGAAAACAACAUGGAGUACUUGACCAUAAAAGAUCUGUUGGCAACCGAUGAAAAAGACGACGACUUUCUGCAUAACAUCCCGCGCUACGAUUUUGCGGAAGCCGCCUUCAACAUCAACAAAGAGCUCGCCAAGAAGAACAGAUUGGUGAGGAUGAUGUGGGGUAUGCGGCAUCUGGACACGCUGGAGGCGAGAACGACCCGUGUUCAAUACCUGCGGGCGCUGCUCGACUUCAGGAGAUGGUGCUGCAAGGAACUCCCAAGACAGCAAACCGCCAGAUUCAAGGGGGGCGCCGUGCUGGAGCACGAGGACGAGAUAUGGAGGUACAUCGACGAUGACAUGGGUGAUCAGUGGCACACCGCCAAGGACGACCUUCUUUGGAUGCACGGUCCCCGCGUCAACGCCACGCGGAUCAAGGCGUACAUUCUGUCAAUCGUCAAUCGCGUACAUUCCGCUCAGAGGGAUUGCGUCGACCGGCACCGCGGAACGCUCGGCGACAUGUACACCACCGACCAGAUCCGCCACCUCAUGUUCAAGGUCUUGCCGACCUGGGCGGCUCGGGCGUACGAACCCAAGGCGGCCACCCCCUCCCAAACGCUGUGGAAGUUCCUGCUGAUGAAGACGAUGACUCUCCUGGGUCACCACACCCUUCUCCGCGAAGCCAGAAUGGGAGCGAUCGAGCUCUCCGACUUGUUCUUGUACAGAAUGGGGAGCGUGUCACCCGAGCACUCCACGCGACGACCGGUUGUCAUGGUCAUCGCGUCACAAAACUCCAAGACGAACAAGGAUGCUUGUCUGCACCACAGCUACGCGGCGAGACACCUGGAGCAGGAGAUGUGCGCCGUCGGCCACACACUGUUGUGGCUGCACUUCGUGUACGACCAGCUGAACCGCUCGCCGACCUCUCGAUGCGUGCCGCCCCUCGAUUUCACGGUGUUGAGAAAGGCCGGCUACACGGGCAAAUGCGGCGACUACCACCUCGGUCGGAGCAUGGUAAAGCUCGACGACAAGGUGGUGGCCCUCAUCGCCCAACACAUCUUUCCGUGGGCGGAAGUGGAACUGGUCAAGGUGAGUAAUUCAGACGGCAGAAACGCCGACAACCCGCCGACCAUUUCCACGCCGACAUUCCACCGGCAGUUGAUUGUGUUUGUGUUUUUGUUCGACUCGCAGGCGAUCAACUGCGCAUCCGCGAGAGAACCCAACACGGCCGGGGUGCACUUCUUGCAAUCGCUCAUCGAGUUCGGCCGCCGAAUAGUCACCGAUGAUCUUGCGUGCAUGCUGAUGCGCGAACCAUGGCACCCGUACGUCCAGAGUUCCAAGCUUUGCCGCGACCCCGACUUCCAGAAAUGGGCCAAGGACGUCAACCGGGUGGACCCCGAAACCAUCGCCACGCGCUGUACAACGAGUGAGAACCCCCAAGAGGUACGGCGUACGCGUUCCGGCGACCUGUAA